AUUGUGUAGCAGGAGAACGCGAAGUAAAUUAGGAGUAUAUUAGUAGAUUUAGAACACUGUUUUCUUUUAAUUUGGCGCCGCAAUCUUUCAUUUUUAUUAUAAAGAGGAUUCGUUACGAAAUAUUGCAAAAUGACUUCAGCUCUUUAUCUGGAGCAUUACUUGGACAGCCUUCAGCACCUGCCGAUAGAGUUGCAGAGAAACUUCAAAUUGAUGAGAGAUCUAGACGAUCGGGCGCACGGGUUAAUGAGGACAAUUGACCUUAUGGCAGAUGAAUUGCUGCCGAAUAUUCCGAAAAUGGACGAGGAGACGAAAAAGGAAAAAGUGAACACCAUUCAAGGAUUGUUUAACAAAGCUAAAGAGUACGGGGAUGAUAAAGUGCAGCUCGCAAUACAAACCUACGAGCUUGUAGACAAACAUAUUCGUCGCCUUGACUCAGACCUUGCGCGAUUUGAAUCGGAGAUUCAAGAAAAAGCUCAGAGUGCAUCGCGUGCCGGCCAACAGGCUACAACUGACCAAGAGAGCAAUACAACAACUGUAAAGAAGGGUAGGAAGAAACAUAAAGGCAGUGAGAAAGCUGCUGCAAGCACUGGAAAGAAAAAGCGUGCGGGCGCGUCAAGCGAAGACGAUGCAGCAGCAGGCCGCUCUGCCGCCAAGAAGAAGGCGUCACGCAAAAGUGCGUCCUCUACAGCUAGUGCGGCUAAAGAACAGGAAGAAAAUGCAGACCUGGAUUCCGUGGGAAUGGCUCACCCUAGUGAUGUGCUUGACAUGCCAGUAGAUCCUAAUGAACCCACAUAUUGCCUAUGUCAUCAAGUGUCAUAUGGAGAGAUGAUAGGCUGCGACAAUCCUGACUGUCCCAUUGAAUGGUUCCAUUUCGCAUGUGUAGAUCUUAAGAUCAAGCCUAAAGGAAAAUGGUAUUGUCCUAAGUGUACUCAGGAUCGGAAAAAGAAAUGAUCCAUCGAGAAACCUGUUAUUAAAACAGAAAAGACUGUGACAAUUAAGAAAGAGAUCAAGAAAGAGCCGAAGUGACUUUACGAGUUAGUUUAGGCAAUAUGUGUAAUUUUAUUAGUAGUAAAGUUAGGGGCAUCCGAGGAUAUUAAAUCUGAUACUUUAUAAAAUGAUAUUAAAUAAAAGUCUUUUCAACAUUUUUAUUACAUUCAUGUAUUACAUAUUUUUUAAGUAUGCCUAAAAUUAAUUUUCUCAUGGGCAAUUUCAAUAAAAUUAAUUAUAGAUUUUAUUUACAAUUUUUAGGAACUGAAAAUCUUCCUAUUCUUAAUAAUGCAUUUAUUUGGAGUAAUUAUUUUAGUUUUAGUGAAAUAUUUUUUGAAAGUGUACAUAUUGAAAAGGUUUUGCAUUUGAUCGUGUAAUAUCCUACAUACAGGGUGAGUUUUAAGUGUUUAAAAUAAUGUACUCUAACAUUGUGCAAGAACUUGCCAGGG